AUGAGGGCCAUCGCUUUUGCGCGCCGAGCGCCGUCCCGCGCGGCGCUCGUCACCGUUGGGCGGCACCUGCCGGGAUUCGGCAACUGCCCUGCCGCCGCCACACCAUGGGACCGCCGCGUGCCGUCCGUGCUCUCGGCGGAUCGGAUUCUUCGCUGUGACGCGCAGUCUUGCGCAGUGGGGACGGGGAUGUGGGGGACGGGGAUGUGGGAGGAGCGGAGUGGGAGCGGGGCGGGCUUUGGAGGGAGCGGCGAUGACGGCAUGCGGAGGGAGUGCAAGGGGGGUGCGCGCGGCAGUGCGUGGCGAGAGGCGGUCGCACGGUGGGCGGCCGGCGCUUACGCGACGCAGAUUCCGCGUCAAGGUACACAGGUGGAGAGCGACGGGGCGACGAUGUGGCGGGCGGCGGGUGGCGGCGAUUGGCGCAUUGGCGCAGAGGCGAGACGCGGAGGUGCGGUGGAGGGGCCGUGCGCGCUAGCGGGCGUGGGCGGGCGAAGGUAUGGCGUGUCAGCAGCUGGUGGCGGUGACGCCAUUGGGCCAGCGGAGGUGGCGACGGACGGCGGCAUGAGGCGCGCAGGAGGGGCGCGGGGAGACGCGGCGCAAGAGGACGAGCGCGGGGCGGAGGGGGAGGCGGAGUGGGGAGAGGCGUACUGGCGGAAGCAGCUAGAACGGUCAGCGGCGGCAGAGAGGGGCGGCGGGAAGGGCGAGCGGAGGAGAAGGCGGAAGGCGAAGGAGGGAGAGGAGGAGGCGAUGGAGUGGUGGCCGGGGCAGCGGCAGCAGCAGCAGCAGCGCGGGGCAGGGGGAGUGGAAGAGGGCGGUGGGGCGGACGAAGAGUUGGUGGCGGCGGGGCAUGGAGGUGGCGCACGAGAAGGCCAUGUACCUCCCCCCCUCCGUGCGCCCUGCCCCUCCCAGGUGGCGCACGAGAAGGCCAUGUACCUCCCCCCCUCCGUGCGCCCUGCCCCUCCCACCCCUUGUGCUCCCAUCCUGGCAGGGCCGCCCCUGCCGUGGCGGGUGGAGGAGCGCGAGGGCGUGGCGGACCUGUGGCUCUCACGUGCCUUCCACGGCGAGCAGCUGCGCCUCAUGCUGCUGCUGCAGGGCCAUGAGGGGGGACUCAUGGACCAGGGGGAGGAGGGGGAGGAGGGCGGCGGGGCUGGUGAGGCACGUGGCAGUGGCGUUGGGGGCGGUGAGAGCCGGCAUCCCCGCACUCAUCCUCGUGUGCAAGCCGGUGCCGCCCAUGCAGGCGGGCAGCACGGGUGCAAGGAGCACGGCCGUGGGCAUGGCGGGCAUGGGUGGUAG